AUGCCGCUCCCCGACUUGAGUCAUUUGACGUUGACGGAACUGAAGACGGAAGUAGUGUCAUUCGGACAGAAACAUCAAGGGGACACCUUCGAGAAGGCAUGGGAGGACCAGGGUUGGAUCAGCUUCAUGGUGACCAAGUACGGGAACAGCAAAGUUCUCAGUCACCGCCGCCUGAUCCGAUUUGUGGAACUGAUGGUCGAGAAGCACGAACGCACCAACACACAGGUGCCACUGCUGCCUCCUCCAGAUUCCCUCGCCGGGGGAUAUGCCAUGAUCGAAGAGAUUUCUGGACGCAGAUCCACCCGAGCAAAGGCCAAGGCCAUGCCGGUUCCAUCUGGAGCCACAGCCGCAGAGCCCUUGGACUACGACGAGGACUUGGCCUUCGAGAUGUUCAACCAGGGGACUACGGCGACAACGCCCCUUCAUCAGGAUCCGGAGUUCACUGCCCUCCAGGAUCGGAUUCUGAACAUGGAGAAUGCCUUGGGCCGUGUGAUCCAACACUUGGAGAACCAGGGUGAUUUAUCCACCGUCAAUGGUCGCCGGAAACUGUUUCAGUCCAUUGCCUGCCACCGACCAAUCCAUUUGUGGUACAGCCCAGUGGGAUGUGGACUGAACCGACAGGAUCACAGUGACGGGACACCUGUCCUUGCAGCCGGACAUCGCCGAACGGUCCUGAAGCCCCAGAAGUCUCAAGGCCGGAACAACUUUGCUCGUUCCCAGCUGUCAGCACCGGAAGAGACAGAUGAGACAGGAGUCAAACGCCGUAGACUAGAUGGUAAACAGGGUCCAGUGCCAAACAUGAAGGAAUGCCAAGCAAUGUUUCAAGAUAUCCAGAAGAUACUCCCCAGGGUUGGUAAGCUUGAGAUCCAAAGUACACCCAUCAUUCAACAACUCCAAUCAAUCUUUCCUGAUCGUCAAGUGAUUACUGCAGUAGCUUGCCGAGGGACUGACCGAACAUUACCACCUCCAGAGAACCUUCAUCAUACCAUGGCCCCCUAUCGCAAAACUAUCAUGAUACUCCGACCCUCUGGAGAUAUCAGGUAUGAAAGAGAAUGGGAAAAGUGGGCUGAUCUUUCCAACCGACAACUGAUCAGACCAGCACAUCCGUGCCGCAUAAACAUAACUGUGUUUGCCAAAGAGUUUGAAGCCACCGUGACUCCAAGUCAAUCCAGCCUGUCUCCAAUGCCGACCGCCGACACUAGAACUGAAAACCCUGAAGUUUUGAUGCCAGAGAAUCCUCCGUACGAACCAAUGAGCAUGCAGCCGACACCUCCAAUGCCAGCGGAGGGCGAAGACCUUCCAUCGCAGGACACCACGAGUCCGGUCUCUGAAAAGAAGAUCCAUGCACAUCAAAGUGAGAUUUGCAGAAAUGAACAGAGUAGCUAUUUCCAAGCACUCCCACGAUGGGAACAAAAUCAGCUGUUGACCAUCCAUAAGAAUCUCGGCCACCCAUCGAAUGAGCGAUUGGCCCGUGCUUUGCAAGCCAAUGGUCAGAGACCGGAAAUGGAUGUAAUCGCUUUGUUGAAUCAACACUGGCUGAACUGGGCCGGCGCUCCACAGGAGAUGAAAGUAGAUUCAGGAAAGCUCUACCGCAGUGCUCCAGAGAAUGUGCGCCUAUCCCUUCCGGAAGAAGGUGAACCAGGCGGCCCUGAUUUGCCGGAAGAUCUAACUCAGAUCCAGCAACAAAUCAACAGAAUUUACCAACACCCGGAUGCCAUGCAGUCAAUUCCAGAACAUGAUACACUAGAAACCCAAAGUCCAGAUGCAGCCUCCAUAGAUAUUCCGACAGAUCAAGCCGAGGGGUUCAUCACAUGUGCAGAUGAAGAAUGUUUUGAGAUGCAGAUGGAUCCUGACAUGGAAGCAUGGAGUCAUGUCCUUUUGAUCCUUGCGUGUUUGUGCUUCGUGAAGACUCAGUGGUACCUGACGGAGUGUUUGGGCUCAGGCGAGCUAGGUGAGGGUGGGAAGGGUUCCUGCUACUUGAAGCCAUUUGGAUACUGGUGGCAGGGUCCACUUUUGCAACAGGACCAGGGUGUCCGACUUUCAACUGCCUUUGAGAAAGGUGCUGGAACCUUGAACACCUUCAGUGUUCUUAGCUUGGGACUUCGUGCAUCCGUGCUGGCAUUGAGCAAAACAACAGGAGUGCGUGUUUGUG